ACUGAUGAACCCCGGACGACGAGCAUUCCGGAAUACCCGAACCUGCGAAGGAGGAGGAGGAGGGUCUUGAAUUGAGCUGAUCUGAAUUCAGCCCACGUCUGGUGUCGGUGCAACGCACAAAUUAUUUGUUCCAAUUUCCGAUGCGGAUGUUGAUGGAAUCCCUUCGUGGCUGUAACGAUUGAAAAUAUCCAUGCAAUUUUGAGUAGAAUCAUGGGCGUUGUUGUGUAAGCUUGACGUGGGAUAAUCGCCCAAGCGUGUGCACAACGUCACAGAGUUUCUCGCCCAGAUUGUUUAGUAGCCGGAUUGUUUAGAACUAGUCGGCGAUGGCGGGGGCACUGAAUCACCAGCAUCAUAUGAAUAUCCUGAGUCUCAGGCAUGGGGUGAAAGGCCAACGGGCGAUCGGGGACUACAUUGUGACCCGGCAGAUAGGAUCGGGGAGUUUUGCGGUGGUGUGGAAGGGGUACCACAAGCAGCACCCGGGUUUUGACGUCGCAAUUAAGGAGAUUGCCACCGAGAGGCUGAACCGAAAGUUGCAGGAGAGCUUGAGGAGGGAGAUCGCGAUUUUGCAGCGAAUCGAUCACCCCAAUAUCAUCAAAUUGCAUGAUAUUGUCGAGGCGCAAGACAGGAUACAUCUUGUAUUGGAGUACUGCGCAGGUGGUGAUUUGGCUGCUUACAUCCAGCGGCAUGGCAAGGCUACUGAAGUAGUUGCACGCCUCUUCAUGCGGCAGCUGGGAGCUGGACUUCAGGUGCUAUGGAAUAAUAAUCUGAUGCAUCGUGACCUCAAACCACAGAAUUUGCUACUCUCUAAAGACGAUGGUCAUGCGGUGCUGAAAAUUGCGGACUUCGGAUUCGCCAGGUCACUCCAACCUCUAGGCAUGGCGGAUACUUUAUGUGGGUCGCCUCUGUACAUGGCUCCCGAGGUCCUCCAGUCAGAGCAAUAUGAUGCUAAGGCAGACCUAUGGAGUGUGGGUGCUAUUCUUUUCCAAUUGGUAACUGGGCGGCCUCCUUUCAGUGGGAACAACCAUGUUCAGUUGCUUCAAAACAUUAUGAAAUCGACUGAAGUGCGAUUUCCAGAUGCAAUUAUGGCCCAAUUACACCCUGAAUGCAUCGAUAUGUGCCGCAAAUUGCUUCGCAUGGACCCAGUUGAACGAUUGUCUUUUGAGGAUUUCUUUACUCAUCCUUUCAUAGGCUCAAUGAGACUCAAGACACAGGAUACUCAAGUAGGAGGGAGCACGUGUGGAGGAACUGGUGAGGCAAGUGAAACUUCUCAGGAAGAACUGUUCCCAUUUUCAUUGGAUGACGAGGAACAAGCCUCUUUACGUGGAGAAUCCUCAUUUUCUGAGCCGCCUUUGUUCUCAGCUUCAUCCUCCAGCAGCCCAUCCCUUCCUUCAACCGAGGAAAACGCAAAUGUAGGAUAUUCACUCUCGACUAGAAUGGGUUUUCCUCCUACAAAUCAUCUUGACAACGAAUCUAGUGUUCUGGACCAGGAUACCGGAGAAAGUAGAGUUAUAGAGUAUAUUUUUGAUUCUGGGCAUUCCGAUUCUUCAACCGAUGGUGCGUCGGGAGAUUCCAUGGACACAAUAGAACGGGAGUAUGUCCUCGUGACAGCUCCAGUAAUAUCGACAGAUAAUCUUGCGAUGUCAUCAAGAGAUUCUGAUUUUAGCGGCCAGCAUGAAGGAAAAAGGAUUCAUGGCUCUCCCCAGAAAGUCAAAAAUUUAAACGUGGGCCGCAGACAUACUACAGGAGAGGUUGGCAGUGUUGCCAGUAAUGGUUCUGCCCCAUUACAUAGCUUACAAGAGGUCAAAGUUCCUUCAGAUCAUCCACCUACACGACUUCCCUCUUUACAGAGAUUUGCACGACUCAUUACUGAAGUCGCCACAGAUAAGAUAUAUGCAGGGCAGCAGUUGGAGUCAUUUUCAAUCCAGCUUCUUUGUCUAGCAAUCUGGAAGGAAGCUCUUCGAGUGUGUCAAACCUGGGCAUGCAACGUCGGUGACUUCGGAAAAGUUUGCAGUAAUGAACGAGGGAGUAUUUCAGAAGGUGGCGAAAGUGAUGAAAGAUCUGCAGCAAAUGCUUGUUCUUUAGUGGAACGGGAGUUUGCUUUUGCUGUUGGACGGGCUGAAUCUUUAGCAGUGCAUAUCAAUAGUGGCAUUGUCUCCGCCGAGAUGCCGGAUGCUGUGGAGCUCAUCUUCCAAACAGCACUUGACCUCGGUAGAGCUGGAGCGGUGGAUGAGCUCAUGGGAAAUAUGGAAAUUGCGGCUACUUCAUAUGAGAAAGCUGCUGCUCUUCUCGACUUUCUUGUAAUCGAGGCUGCAACACUACCGAUAGUGCCUCCUCUAUUACUGUCCGACACUGACAGGAACCGGAUUCGUGGAUACGCUCAUGUGGUUACUGCGCGCCAUCGUCAAUGCAUUGCCAUGGCCUAGACACGAGGACGAUAUGUACAUUCUUUUCAUAGAAUAAAAGUUGGAUAACUAGGCAAGCACACUGAACGAAGGUGUUUGCUGGGAUUCAAGUAUGACUUUAAGGUGAUCGGCAUCAGAAGAAGGAUGCGAAAGCAAUUGGAGGUUAAUCAGCGAUCUAGUUGAUUUUGACUCUCAUAACUUCAACUUCCUUGGAAGCGGCCGUUAAUCUGAAAUAUGGCCACUUGAAAAUCUGCAAGAAUGAUUCUCUAGGCCUAGAGAAGAGGGUGGUGAUUGGAAUUUGCGAGCUAUAUCGGUUGUUCUGAAGUGCACUUGGUUCAACUUUUAACUGAGAUUUGUAAAUAUAUAGGUUAAGGUGAUUGUAAGAUUCAAGAUGUAUGAACUUGUAUAGACUAGAACUGGAUUGGAAGAUAGUAUCUUCACCUGGUGUUCACUCACCUGCCUUUGCACAGGCAUGAUGUGAACUCAAUCCUCAUUACCUGUUAUGAUACCUCAGAGUACAUCGGUGGCGGAAAUUAUUACUCUUCGUCUUAAAAACUUGCAUACUCAAUUAUGUAUGUUAAAAGUUCUGAUUUACUAUUAACUCAAGGAACUUUGUGUCACUGUUCCAUGCCUUUGUUGUUUA